AUGGGUUCAUGCGAGUCCGUAGAAUCAAAAGCUUCUCGUGAGGCUGCAAUUAUUUCGAAGAAAAUUGACAAAGAUUUGGAGCGAAAAAGCAAUGGUAACAUGGAACAGAAGUUGUUGUUACUUGGUCCAGGCGAAAGUGGGAAAAGCACCUGUCUAAAACAACUGAAGAUAAUGCAUGCUAAUGGAUACUCAGAACAGGAGAUACAGGAGAAAAAAUUUGUUGUUUAUAUGAAUAUUGUACAGUCAAUGGCAGCACUACUAGAUGCUAUGGAAACGCUCGGUGUUCCGUUUGACAACAACUCUAUGGAGGCACUGCGCCAGGUGGUGGCUAUGGCUACGAUUCACGGAAAGCUUGUUCGCAAAGUUUACGCGUCCGGUUGUGAAUUCAUUGACUGGGGUCCAGAACUGCGUUCAGCUGUGCGAGAACUAUGGGCAGAUGGUGGCGUUAGAAAAACUUUUUUCAAUGAUUUGGAUCGGAUCUCUAAGAAGAACUAUAAACCUUCAAUACAAGACAUACUUCACACAAGAGUGCCAACUUCGGGUGUUGUACAGUUCUAUUUUACUAUGAAAGGAAUCAAUUUUGAGUGA